AUGCAGACCAUUGGUAUGGAUGCGUAUUUCUUGGAGGAGUUUAAGUCUGAGAGCAGGAGGCGCGGCCACGGCGAACUCGCGGCGCGGAUGGCGGCGCAGGCGGCUGAGGAGCGGCCGUGUGGGCGCGGGCUGGCUGCUCCAGAGGGCGCGCCGCUGCUAGUGCGGGCAGCUGCCGCUGCGUACCGCGGCGCCACCGGCACCGGCGCUUGCGGUGCGCCUCGCGUCACCCCAGCAGCCAGCGCCAGAGCCGCCCACGGGGAUAUCAAGUUCCGCCGGCAGCUGAAUCUUCUGAUAGGCGAGUAUUAUUACGGGGCCGUCAAGCCCGCGGUAAGCUAUGCCUCUGGGAAUAUGCAGACCAUUGGUAUGGAUGCGUAUUUCUUGGAGGAGUUUAAGUCUGAGAGCAGGAGGCGCGGCCACGGCGAACUCGCGGCGCGGAUGGCGGCGCAGGCGGCUGAGGAGCGGCCGUGUGGGCGCGGGCUGGCUGCUCCAGAGGGCGCGCCGCUGCUAGUGCGGGCAGCUGCCGCUGCGUACCGCGGCGCCACCGGCACCGGCGCUUGCGGUGCGCCUCGCGUCACCCCAGCAGCCAGCGCCAGAGCCGCCCACGGGGAUAUCAAGUUCCGCCGGCAGCUGAAUCUUCUGAUAGGCGAGUAUUACUACGGGGCCGUCAAGCCCGCGGUAAGCUAUGCCUCUGGGAAUAUGCAGACCAUUGGUAUGGAUGCGUAUUUCUUGGAGGAGUUUAAGUCUGAGAGCAGGAGGCGCGGCCACGGCGAACUCGCGGCGCGGAUGGCGGCGCAGGCGGCUGAGGAGCGGCCGUGUGGGCGCGGGCUGGCUGCUCCAGAGGGCGCGCCGCUGCUAGUGCGGGCAGCUGCCGCUGCGUACCGCGGCGCCACCGGCACCGGCGCUUGCGGUGCGCCUCGCGUCACCCCAGCAGCCAGCGCCAGAGCCGCCCACGGGGAUAUCAAGUUCCGCCGGCAGCUGAAUCUUCUGAUAGGCGAGUAUUACUACGGGGCCGUCAAGCCCGCGGUAAGCUAUGCCUCUGGGAAUAUGCAGACCAUUGGUAUGGAUGCGUAUUUCUUGGAGGAGUUUAAGUCUGAGAGCAGGAGGCGCGGCCACGGCGAACUCGCGGCGCGGAUGGCGGCGCAGGCGGCUGAGGAGCGGCCGUGUGGGCGCGGGCUGGCUGCUCCAGAGGGCGCGCCGCUGCUAGUGCGGGCAGCUGCCGCUGCGUACCGCGGCGCCACCGGCACCGGCGCUUGCGGUGCGCCUCGCGUCACCCCAGCAGCCAGCGCCAGAGCCGCCCACGGGGAUAUCAAGUUCCGCCGGCAGCUGUAA